GAUGUUUUGUCUUCCCUCCGACAACAACGAGUGGGAGCUGACGUCACCUUUUCACUGCAGUUUGCUUUUACUUUUCCUCGCUAUUCUCUCUCCCCUCUCUCUGUCCUCCUUAUCUCAUCCGUCUCUGCACUUGUUUCAGAUCAUAUAAACGAAUUCGGUGAUUGAUCGGUGCAUGACGAGCGCAUCAGAACUCUUCUCUACACGAAGAUCACGUCCGGGUCGAUCCGACCCGGAUUUAGAAUCGAACACUUCUUCUUAUCGACACCACGGUACCCAUCAUCAUCGCCGUCACGGUACCCAUCAUCAUAACCAACGACAUGACUCCGACGGCUGUGAUCCUCUCCGGCGACCCACUCCCCGUCUCCGACGCUUCUGUCACCACCCGGAACGUAGACCUAUUCGUGAUGUUCAAGGCACUGGUCAGUAUUUGAAUACGGACAGUACUGAUACUGAAACUCAAAGUAGCAGCUUUGUUAACCUAAAUGGAUCCGAGAGGCUUCCUGGAGCUGUGCUGCUUGCAAGAGCAAGACUUUUCGAAAGAUUGAGAGGUGUUUCUUUGUCUAGUAACAGUCGAGGCAAUAGAGUUUCAGUGGGAGAUGAUCAAAGGGAGUCUUCAUUUCAUUCUGUAGAUGGUGAUCCAAUUUUUCAACUAGAAGGGCUUCAAGUGACCUAUGAAUGCAACAAGAAACCACAAGGUCUCACACAAGAUGCUAUUAACUGUUUACACCGGCAAACUUUUAGAUCAGCCGAGGUUAAAACCGAGAUGAGGGAUUGUAGCAUAUGUUUAGAGAGUUUCACUAAAGGCGACAUGCUUAUAUCCUUACCCUGUACCCAUAGUUUCCAUUCUUCUUGCUUAAACCCUUGGCUUAAAGCUUGUGGAGAUUGUCCUUAUUGCCGUAGAGCCAUAUCUAAGGAAUAGAAACUUGUAAAUAUAAUCUUUGCCUAACCAUAGGCCAUAGCCACGCACAUCUUCUCUUCUUCUUGCUGCUAUAGACAUCCUCAAAUCGGUCUUCCAGUUUUAUCGCCCAUGAGUGUUUUUCCACUGUCACAUGUUUGUGUUUGUAACGGUUUUUGUUGUGCCAUUAGUUAGUUCAAGCGUUGAUAUUGUAUGAUGUGAAUCUUUUGAGUUUUCUUCACUGUGAUCUCUCUUUUAAUGCCUUAUUGGUUAUAUCAAAGAGACUUUUUUCCCAAA